AUGCUUCAACUCGGCACUAUCCUUCACUCCAAGGGCUUCUACAUCACAAUCGCUCACACCCAGUUCAACUUUCCCAACCCACUGAACUACCCUGAUUUCAACUUCUUAGAGAUGUAUGAAGGCUUACAUGAGCAAAAUGUCUCGUCCCACAAUUUUAUAGAUGUGAUAUCGGGUUUUAAUGCCAACUGCAAAGCCCCGCUUCAGGAGUCAUUGGCUCAGAUGAUGGAGAAAGAGGAUCAACAUAUGAAAGCCCACGAUUCAAGGUCAUCUUUGGCCAUCAUUUGGAACACCACGGACUGCCUCGAACAAUCAUCAUUGGCACAUCUCCGGCAAGAAUACCAACUUCCAUGGUUUCCUAUCGGUCCUCUGCACAGAACUAUUCCAGCCCCCUCCAUCAGCUUAUUGAAAGAGGACCAGAAUUGCAUUUCAUGGAUGGACAAACACUCACACAACUCUGUCAUCCAUGCAAGCGUGGGACGCAUAGCCUUCUUGGACAGUAAAGAACUAGCAGAAAUGGUGUGGGCUCUGGCCAACAGUGAGCACCCUUUCUUGUGGGUGGUUCGAACCAACUCCAUAUCAUUGCCAGAAAGUUUCCAAGAAACUGUUGGAGAAAGGGGUUGCAUAACGAAAUGGGCACCCCAAAAGCAGGUCUUGGCACACAGCGCAGUUGGAGGGUUUUGGAGCCAUUGCGGUUGGAACUCAACCAUUGAAAGCAUCUCUGAAGGAGUUCCUAUGAUAUGCCAACCAUAUUUUGGGGACCAAAGAGUGAACUCAAGGUACUUGAGCCAAGUAUGGGCUGUAGGGUUGGAAUGGGAGAAUGACAUGAACAGAGGACCAAUAGAGGAAGCUAUAAGAAUGCUUAUGGUGGGCAAAGAAGGGGAAGUGAUAAGGGAAAGAACAAAAGAUUUGAAGGUGAAAAUCGAACUUUCUACGAAGCAAGCCGGUUCUUCCUACAAUUCCUUGAAUGAAUUGGUAGACCAAAUCUUGUCAUUCUAA